AUGACCCCCUUCCCCUUCUGUUCGCGCUGUGCAGGUGGACCCGGGCGGGGCGCGCUGGGCAGCCGCCAGGGCAGCUCCAACAACAGCGAGGGCAACAACCGAGAGUCGUCGCUCGACGACAGCGGCGUCGUGGACGACCACGAGGACGGCGACCUCACCUCGGAGGACGUCGCCCCCAGCGUCGUCCACGUGUGCGCGCCGCGGCCGGAGCCCGUCGUGACCCAGCAGCCCUCGCUGCAGACCACCACGCUGCGCUCCAAGGACACCAAGGAGAUCAAGGUCCUCAAGUGCAACGGGGUCAGCCCCAACCUCAACAAGCAGAAGCAGUUCUCGCCGCAGGACUACUUGUCGCACGUCGUCGUCCUGGACAACGUCGUGGACCGCAACUGCGCGGGCUGCACGCGGUGCUGCGUGGACUACGGCGGCUGGCUGCACUUCCAGCACGGCCUGCACAAGGUGGUGCGCGACCCGCUGUUCGAGCUGCUCAUCACCCUCUGCAUCGUCAUCAACACGGCCUUCCUGGCCACCGAGCACCACGGCAUGUCGGACGCUAUCCGGAACGCGCUCGACGUCGGCAACAAAGUGUUCACCUCCAUCUUCUGCCUCGAGUGCGUGCUCAAGCUGCUGGCGCUCAGCAAGGAGUACUUCGCCUGCGGCUGGAACAUCUUCGACCUGCUGAUCGUGUCGGCGUCCCUGCUCGAUCUGUCCUUCGAGCUGGUGGGCGGGCUGUCCGUGCUCCGGGGUCUGCGACUGCUGCGCGUGCUCAAGCUGGCCCAGUCCUGGACCACCAUGAAGGUGUUGCUGAGCAUCAUCAUCUCGACGAUCGGCGCGCUCGGUAACCUGACGUUCGUGCUGGUCAUCGUCAUCUACAUCUUCGCCGUCAUCGGCAUGCAGCUCUUCUCCAAGGACUACACCGCCGAGAAGUUCGAGCCGGACCCCAUCCCGCGCUGGAACUUUUCCGACUUCUUCCACUCGUUCAUGAUGAUCUUCCGCAUCCUGUGCGGGGAGUGGAUCGAGCCCCUGUGGGACUGCAUGCGGGCCGAACAGCACGAGGGCUACGGCACGUGCUUCCUCAUAUUUCUGCCGGCCCUCGUCAUGGGAAACUUCAUGGUCCUCAACCUCUUCUUGGCGUUGCUGCUCAACAGCUUUAACUCGGAGGAGCUCAAGUCCAAGAAGGAGGAAGUCGGCGAGGGCUCGAAGCUGGCGCGGAGCUUCGACCGGAUCCGCUCCAUCGUGCGCAAGACCAGGGUGCCGCACGAGCGCGGCGAGAACGAGCAGAACAUGCGCCUGGAGGAGGUGGUCCGCGCCAUGAAGAAGUUGCCCAAGAAGCCCAACUCCACCGCCGAGACGACGCUCUUCGAGUGCCCCUGCCCCAAGAUGAUCGAGGCGCCCGCCGUGGAGUUCGACAAGGAGCGGGUCCUGAGCCCAGAGGACGUGGAGAAGCUGCAGCAGCGCUACUCGGUCGAGGUCCGGCCCGAGGACCUGCACCUCCAGCACCACGAGCAGCAGCGCCUGCAGCAGCGACAGCAGGCCGCGCGCCUCUCGGCGCGGCUGUCGGCGCGGCUGUCCGCCUCCAUCCAGGACGGCGACCUGCAGCAGGUGGUGGUGCUGGCCGACGGCGACGGGCUGGACGCGGUGGAGGCCGGCCUGGUGGCGCCGCUGCGCGUCCAGGAGGUGGUGACGACGCAGGAGUCGGAGGACAGCACGGCGCCCAUGCUGCGCCAGGACGCCGCCGAGGACAUGAUCACCCCGACGCCGUCGCCCUCCCCGGCGCCCUCCGUGGUGCGGCCCAACACCUCGGAGCGCGCCGUCAACUGGCGCAUCCGGAGGUCGUGGCCGCUCAGGGAGUCGUUCGAGUCGACGGCCGAGGACCCGGAGGGCCCGGCGGGCCUCAGGCGGUACUCGCUGGCCAACACGCAGGCCGAGAGCAAGGACGAGUCGACGCAGGAGUGCCGCAGCGAGGGCGCCGCCACCCCCGGGGUGCCGGCGGCCGCGCUGCCCGCCGCGCCGCCGCCCUCGGGCAAGCGCAAGCCAUGGCUCACGCUCGUGUCGUACGUGGACGAGCUGACGGUAGGCGGGCGGCGCGACUCCAAGGGCCACUACGUCGACGGGCUGGGCAAGUUCCCCGGCUUUGGGCGGAACCAAAAGGACCGCACUCCACAAGACUGCUUCCCUCAACAUUGCUUCCAAAGUAGGUGUGCGUGUAUGGACCGCUGCUUGCUCUCGCCGUGGGGCCGUCGCUGGACGACGACCCGGACGGUGGUGCUGUCGGUGGUGGACACGCCCGUGUUCGAGUGGCUAGUCCUGGUGCUCAUCUUCGCGUCGUCUGUCACGCUUUGCUUCGAGGACAUACACCUCGACUCGAACGUGACGCUGAAGAAGGUGCUGUACUGGACCAACCUGGCCUUCUCGCUGCUCUUCACCAUCGAGAUGGUGCUCAAGUGGAUAGCGCUAGGGUUUUGGAAGUACUUCACUUCGUUCUGGACUAUCCUCGACUUUGUGAUCGUGUUUGUGUCAGUGUUUAGUUUGUUAAUCGAAGAGAAUGAAAAUCUCAAAGUGCUGCGCUCGCUGAGGACUCUGAGGGCGCUCCGGCCUCUCAGAGCUAUUUCAAGGUGGCAGGGCAUGCGGAUCGUCGUGAACGCCCUCAUGUACGCAAUACCGUCCAUCUUCAACGUGCUCUUAGUGUGUCUCGUGUUUUGGCUUAUUUUCUCCAUCAUGGGUGUUCAGUUUUUUGGAGGGAAGUUUUAUAAGUGCACAGACGAAAGAGGAGAGCUUCUUCCUAUUUCUAUUGUAAAUACAAAGUAUGACUGCCUCUACCUAAACUAUACGUGGGAGAAUUCAAAGAUAUCCUUCGAUAACGUGGGCAAUGCUUACCUCGCCCUCUUCCAAGUGGCCACGUUCGAGGGGUGGAUGGAGGUCAUGGCGGACGCGGUUGACUCGCGAGGAGUAGACUUGCAGCCGUCGAGAGAAGCUAGUAUAUACGCCUAUCUCUAUUUCGUCAUCUUCAUAGUGUGUGGCUCCUUCUUCACCCUCAACCUAUUUAUAGGAGUCAUUAUUGACAACUUCAACAUGCUCAAGAAAAAAUACGAGGGUGGUGUCCUAGAGAUGUUCCUAACCGAGAGCCAAAAGCACUACUACACCGCCAUGAAGAAGCUGGGUCGCAAAAAGCCACAGAAGGUCAUUAAGCGACCCAUUAAUCAGUUCCUAGCCAUGUUCUACGAUUUGUCAAAUUCGCGGAGAUUUGAGAUCGCCAUAUUCGUGCUUAUUUUUCUCAACAUGGUGAGCAUGGGUAUAGAACACUACAACCAGCCACACGCAGUGUUUUUCGUCCUAGAAGUCAGCAACGCCUUUUUCACAACCGUCUUCGGACUAGAGGCGCUCGUGAAGAUGAUGGGGCUGCGCCUGCACUACUUCACGGUGCCCUGGAACAUGUUCGACUUCCUGCUCGUCCUGGCGUCCAUCCUGGGCAUCCUCAUGGAGGACAUCAUGAUCGACUUCCCCGUGUCGCCCACACUGCUGCGCGUGGUGCGCGUCUUCAGGAUUGGCCGCAUUCUCCGGCUCAUUAAGGCCGCCAAGGGCAUCCGCAAGCUGCUGUUCGCGCUGGUCGUGUCGCUGCCCGCGCUCUUCAACAUCGGCGCGCUCCUGGCGCUCAUCACCUUCAUCUACGCCAUCAUCGGCAUGUCCGUGUUCGGCCACGUGAAGCAGCAGCGCGCCCUGGACGACAUGGUCAACUUCCAGACGUUCGGCCGGUCGAUGCAGCUGCUGUUUCGGCUGAUGACCUCUGCCGGCUGGAACGACGUCCUGGAGUCGCUCAUGAUCCAGCCGCCCGACUGCGACCCCCACUUCAACCACCAGCCGAAUGGGGACUGCGGGUACCCUCUGCUCGCCAUCACGUACUUCACCUCGUUCAUCAUCAUCUCGUACAUGAUUGUCAUCAACAUGUACAUCGCCAUCAUCCUGGAGAACUUCAACCAGGCGCACCAGGAGGAGGAGAUCGGCAUAGUAGAGGACGACCUCGAGAUGUUCUACAUACGUUGGUCCAAGUUCGACCCCCACGCCACGCAGUUCAUCCGCUUCUCCCAGCUGUCCGAGUUCAUCGCCAGCCUGGAUCCUCCCUUAGGGAUCCCCAAGCCCAACAUCGUGGCGCUGGUGUCCUUCAACUUGCCCAUCGCUCGCGGCAACAAGAUCCACUGCCUGGACAUCCUGCACGCCCUCGUCAAGCACGUGCUGGGCCACGUGGAGGAGACGGAGGACUUCCGCAAACUGCAAGACCAGAUGGACGUCAAGUUUAAGAAGCAGUUUCCGACACGCAAAGAGCUGGAGAUCGUGUCGUCGACGCGCCUAUGGAAGCGGCAGGACAAGGCGGCCCGACUCAUCCAGAAGACCUUUCGGGAGUAUCAGAGGUGAGUUUCAGAGGAGAAGUGCCUGCUGGAGCUUCGCACGCUGGACAGUACGAGCCA